CUUAUUUAUAAAUUUGUCAUUUUAUGUUCAAUUAGUUUUGGUAUAAACCGAACCAUGGGCCGCCAAAAAGGAAGACCAGUAAAAAACAAAGCAGAGAGUUCAUGUGAAGAAUCUGAUGAUGAGGUUGUUGGAAGGUUUGCCUGUGACCUGUGCCCAGUGGUGUUUCAGUUGUUCGCAGAAUAUACGGAGCACUUAAAGAGUCAUUUUGAAGGAAAGAAACAUUUAUGUGACAAGUGUGAUCAAAAGUUUGACACUCAAAAAGAAUUGAAUGACCACACUGCAGAGCAUGAUGGAAAUUUGAAAUAUGAAUGUGCUCUUUGCAAGCUGAGGUUCCCCUCCAGCGUAGCAUUAGAGGAUCACGCAGCUGGUCAUUCUGAAGAGCUGCAAUGUGAACACUGUAAAAAGACGUUUAAGCUUAAAAUCAAAUUCAGAAAACAUGAGAUAGACUUUUUGAAUAAAAACAAAUGUUGCGUAUGUGAUGGAGACUUUCCAUGUAGGGCUGUUUUAGUACAACAUGUUAGGAAUAAGCAUGCAGCAGCAUUGCCGGAGGAGCGGCCUUUUCAAUGCAGUUUGUGUAAUAAGUGCUUCAAAUGUAAGCAAAAUCUGCUUGGGCACUUUGAGUCACAUGAAGAAAAGAAGUACACCUGUGAAACAUGUGGAGCUAAAUACAGGAAUGAAAAGCAGUAUUUGAAGCAUGUGAAGGAGCACGAGGACCCGAGCCAGUGUGUGUGUAAGGUGUGCAAGUUUACGGUGAAGCGUCCAUCUGCCAUGAGAUCGCACAUGAGAAUUCAUGAGCAGGAGGCUGCCAUUAGGGAACGGAUGCAGCACACCCAGCCCGACAUGGCUAGCAUUAACAAACAGAUGCAGCACGCUCAGCCUGACAUGACUGCUGUCGCAGAACAGAUGACCAGUGGCCAGUAUUACAUGGCUGAUACUCAAUGACUGAACAGUAUUCAUAUAGGCUGGUUGCUCUGUUUGUAGUUUUUCAUAUACAUGCCUGUUGUCUGAAAUAUUGUUCUCAAUGAAUGUUGUUUAUAUUUACUUCAUAAUUGUUCUCAAUUAAAAUCAUUGAAAAUAUUUGCUUUAAUAUUAAUGUUGGCGGUACACUUUAAUCUGUACUGUGUACGGUUCUGUAAAUUUCUUUACUCUUCAUCAUAUUUUAUGAUCAAGUCAUCAGAUUUUGUGAUGUACGAGUAUGAGAUGAAAAUAUGUUGCACUUAAACCCCACAGGGACUAAUACUUUUUUGAUGGAUAUUUAAGUCUUUAUUGAAAACAUUGGUAACACAAAGUGAUAAUGUCAAUCAAGCAAUUAAGUUACAGCCUUUUGUUAAAUGGCGUUAGUAACCCAUUUCAAAACUGUGGUCUUCAAAUGCAAUAUUUGAACAUAUAUAUCAUUUUGCUCAAGCGUUCCAGUCGUCAGUAUCUUGGUUUUAACACUCCUAAUGAUUUGCCACACUUUAUUUCGUAUUAAAGAAAUGCAUUUUACAAACCAUGGACGAGUCCCUUUAAAGAUGAUUUUCAAAUAAAUGCCACAUCCUGGCAAACAAGUAUUUACUCUGUUUACUUACAAAUUUAAACCAAUUGUUAAUUACGGAGGAUGAUUUUAUGGUAAUUUUAUAAUUCCAUGUUCAUGUUUAUGUUUCUGCAUUUGAAGGAAUCAAAUCCCAUGAAGAUGUUUUCACGUUGUUUUUUAUUGUGAUACAGUGUAGAGCAGUGUUGUCCAUUCAAGCUAGUGAGCAAAGUAAAGACAUAGUUUAUAUGCUUUAAUACUAAAAUUGAGCAUAUCUUAUCAUUUGAUACUAUGAUUUAGUUGUAAGUUAGUUUUCCUGGUGUGACUGUAUAUUGUUAUUGUCUUGCUGGAAGUAAAGUGUUGUGAAAUAUAAUUUGUAUCUUUGUAUAUUAUUAUAUUGUUUUUGUCAUAAUAAAAAUCAAGUCAAUAAGAAACAUUAGCCACAUGGUAUGGUCGCAAAAUGAACUUUAAAUAGAUUAUGGAAAGGACCAUCGUCGAAGCAAACAGAUGUGAUGUAGCCUAUAUAUUACAGGUACAGUUCAUGCACUGUUGUGCUUAUCUUUAUUGAAGUCUGAUAACAAAGGGCUGACCCCUUAGCACAGGAGAUAUGAUAUACAUGGAGCUCGAUGACCUAUGAGACAAUGUCAUAUGGUAACAAAGCUGGUAGGGAAGGGGCACUGCAGGGGAAAGGGGGCGUUCAAUGAAUUAUCUACUAGUAAUACUGUAAUAUGCAAACCUUGGUCACUGUGGCUAAUUAGAAUUGUAUUUGGCUUAUGAUUGGAUUCUGAAGUGUAUUAUUUGUGUUCUUGUAUACAUUAUGACAGAGACAAAAAUAUACCAUACUGAGCAUCGUAUUACCUGAACUAGAGCAUGUAAUUUAAGGUAAUUGUUAGUUGUUUACAAAAAGCUUUGUUUUCAACGCUGAGAUACCGAGCACAAUACUGCUCACUUAUUGUGGAACAUCCCUCCGCACAAAUGAUCUUUUUUUUUUAUCUAUUUAUGCCACUGUGACACACAUUUAUCGAAGACAUUAUCUCGACCAUCGAGGCAAUAUCGAGCACCAUCGCAACAUUCAAGAGGACUGACAGAAGUCUCGCAUUGUCAUUCUUCAACAGCAGUAGCAACGGACGUUAGCUAACAUCGCCGUCAGAACUCAUAUACAUCACUCAUGAACAUGUACACUCUGCUGCUGCUAGCCGGAUGUGUGGCGGUGUCCAUGGCCGCGCAGUGCUGCGUGCCGCCUCAGUGGACCAGCCAGGGAUCCUUUCUGACCGCUAUCGUCAGGGACGGCAAGCCGUACUACAGCAGGGGUUCAUUGGGGAUAGCCUUUGACGCAGUCCGUAAGCGUAUCGGCCAGCUUGAGAACAUCGAGAUCAACGGCAAGACAUCCCUUAAUAUUGGAGUUCUCCUAGACUUCAUGGCGAACACGAAAUGGGUGGUGAACGCACAGACAGGCGACUGCUAUAAGAUGGCCCUCAACAGGGACACGGAAGACUUCAUGGGAUGCGUGUCAGAGAACGCGACGCUUGUGGGUAACCAGGACGUGGUCGGGUUCGGUAACAACGACAUGUCGCUGAACACGUAUAUGAUGGAUUACGGCAACGUCCGCGUGUACACCAGCUUGACGUCAGAUAGCUGCGUCCCCGUCGUUGACACCAUCCGCGGAGAAUUGGACGGAAACAACUUCAUCCAGAACAUGCACUACUUCAACGUAAGUGCUGGCCUUCCCACGGAGGACCCACUGGUCGUGCCACCACAUGGCUGUGAACGCGCCGUCAACUUUAUGCCAUCAUUUAAUUACCAGAUGUCUGGGGGUUUGAUAGGUAAACGUUCCGUGUUCAACUAGAGAUCUACCUCGAACUGACUCUUUGUGCUCAUAUAUAUGUGGUUGUAUGUUCUAUUGCUUACUGUAUGAUUUGUGUCAAUAAAAC